CUUUAGCCCAGAGAGUUGCCUGUGUGCGCUCCAACUUUCUAUGCGCGCUGGGUGGAUGUGAGCGCGGCUGCAGCGAGCCGGGGAGGCCCUCUCUUUUCCUCGGGCAGGCAAGCCAGGCAGACCAGCCGCUUUCGCUCCUGGGCUCCGGAGGAAGGAAGGGAAGCCGCCGGGGAUGGACGUCCGCUGGAAGCUGGGGUUGCUGGGGUUGCUGCUGGUGCUGGUGCUGCUGGCCGGGCCGUGCGGCGGCGCCAUGGACGAGUGCGCGGAGGUGCCGAGCGGGCGGGCGCAGCGCUGCAUGCCCGAGUUCGUCAACGCCGCUUUCAACGUCACCGUGGUGGCCACCAACACGUGCGGCAGCCCGGCCGAGGAGUACUGCGUGCAGACCGGCGUCACGGGGGUGACCAAGUCCUGCCACCUGUGCGACGCCGCCCAGCCUCACCUGCAGCACGGCGCCGCCUUCCUCACCGACUACAACAACCAGGCCGACACCACCUGGUGGCAGAGCCAGACCAUGCUGGCCGGGGUCCAGUACCCCAGCACCAUUAACCUCACGCUCCAUCUGGGAAAGUCCUUCGAUAUCACCUACGUACGCCUCAAGUUCCAUACCAGCCGCCCAGAGAGCUUUGCCCUUUACAAGCGCACUCGGGAAGAUGGCCCGUGGGUGCCCUACCAAUAUUACAGCGGCUCCUGUGAGAAAACAUACCACAAGGUCAAUCGAGGUUUUGUCAAGAGUUGGGAAGAUGAACAGCAGGCCGUUUGUACAGACGAGUUCAGCGACAUCUCACCACUCACCGGUGGCAAUGUGGCCUUCUCAACACUGGAGGGAAGGCCCAGCGCUUAUAACUUUGAUAACAGUCCUGUCUUGCAGGAGUGGGUUACAGCGACAGAUAUCAGAGUAAGCCUCAAUCGCCUGAAUACCUUUGGAGACGAAGUAUUUAACGACCCCAAGGUUCUCAAAUCCUAUUAUUAUGCCAUUUCUGAUUUUGCUGUGGGUGGCCGAUGUAAAUGCAACGGGCAUGCAAGCGAGUGUGUGAAGAACGAAUAUGGAAAGCUUGCUUGCAGUUGCAAACACAAUACUUUCGGGGUCGACUGUGAGAAAUGCCUUCCUUUCUACAAUGACCGGCCUUGGCGAAGAGCGACAGCUGAGAGUGCCAAUGAAUGUUUACGCUGUAACUGCAAUGGACGGUCACAGGAGUGUUACUUUGAUUCUGAGCUGUACCGAGCCACCGGCCAUGGUGGCCACUGCUCGGGCUGUUUUGGUAACACGGAUGGACCAAACUGUGAAAGAUGUCGAGAGAACUUCUACCGCCUGGGGAGUGAAGAGAACUGUCUGCCGUGUAAUUGUAGUCCUGUAGGUAAGCUCCUCAGCACACAGUGUGACAAUUAUGGACGCUGCAGUUGUAAACUUGGUGUGAUGGGUGACAAGUGUGACCGGUGUCAGCCCGGCUUCCAUUCUCUUACAGAGGCUGGAUGCAGGCGCUGCUCGUGCAAUCCAGCUGGUAGCAGAGAUGAGUGCAAUAUGGAAACCGGACGCUGCACUUGUAAAGACAAUGUGGAAGGGUUCAACUGUGAAAGAUGUAAGCCUGGCUUUUUUAAUCUGGAUUCUGACAAUCCUAGGGGAUGUAUUCCCUGUUUCUGUUUUGGCCAUUCCUCUGUCUGUACCAAUGCUCCCGGAUACGUUACCUCCAAAAUUACAUCCACUUUCCAAACAGGAAAGGAACAUUGGCACGCGGAACAGAGAGAUGGCUCUGAAAUCUCCAUUCGUUGGAUACCUGAAACUGAAGAAAUAUCUGUAAUCUCAGAUACACCUUUCCCCAUCUACUUCAGCACACCAGGCAAAUUCCUUGGAAAUCUGCUAAGUUACGGUCAAAACCUGUCAUUCUCUUUUCGGGUCGAUAAGCGAGACACUCGACUUUCAGCGGAGGACAUAGUCCUUGAAGGUGCUGGGCUAAGAGUAUCUGUCCCUUUGAUCGCUCAAGCCAACUCCUAUCCCAGCGAGAACACUCUGAAAUAUUCAUUCAGGCUCCACGAAGCAACAGAUUACCCCUGGAGGCCUUCUCUCACUCCCUUUGAAUUCCAAAAGUUGCUCCAUAACUUAACCGCGAUCAAGAUUCGUGGAACCUACAGCGAGAGGAGUGCUGGAUAUUUGGACGAUGUUACUAUCGUGAGCGCUAAUCUGGGCGGGAUACCGGCGACAUGGGUGGAGAAUUGUAUGUGUCCAGCAGGAUACUUGGGACAGUUCUGUGAAACCUGGCCAAGGAUACAGAAGGGAGAAUCCAAUCUUGGACCGUACAGUCCUUGUGUGCCAUUCUGCAACGGGCACAGUGAAAACUGCAACCCUGAAUCUGGAGCAUGUGACUGCAGAGAUAACACUGCAGGUCCUCACUGUGAGAAGUGCAUUGAUGGUUAUUAUGGCGAUGCCACCACAGGAACCUCUUCAGAUUGCCAACCAUGUCCAUGUCCCGGGAGUUCAAGCUGUGCUGUCGUUCCCAAGACGAAGGAAGUGGUCUGUAGUUGUCCAGCUGGAACCACAGGUAAAAGGUGUGAGCUGUGUGAUGAUGGUUAUUUUGGAGAUCCUCUUGGCCAAAAUGGCCCCAACAGGGCCUGUCGCCUCUGCCAGUGCAGUGACAACAUCGACCCCAAUGCAGUCGGGAAUUGCAACCGCUUGACGGGAGAAUGUUUGAAGUGCAUUUAUAACACAGCGGGCUUCUACUGCGACCGGUGCAAAGAUGGCUUCUUCGGGAACCCCUUAGCUCAGAAUCCAGAGGAUAAGUGCAAAGCUUGCAAUUGUAAUCCUUACGGCACAGCAAAUUUGCAGAGAAGCUGCAAUCAAGUAACAGGCCAGUGCGAAUGCCUUCCGCACGUCACAGAGAGGGACUGCAGCUCCUGCGAACCGGGCUUCUACAACCUGCAAAGUGGGCGUGGCUGUGAAAGAUGUAACUGCCAUCCUCUGGGCUCCACUAAUGGCCACUGUGACAUUCAGACCGGGCAAUGCGAAUGCCAGCCAGGCGUUACCAGCCAGCGUUGUGAGAGGUGUGAAGCCAACCAUUUUGGAUUUGGUCCUGAAGGCUGCAAACCUUGUGACUGCAACUCUGAAGGUUCCCGCUCUCUUCAGUGCAGAGAAGACGGACGUUGUGAGUGCAAAGAAGGGUUUGUGGGAAUCCGCUGUGACCAGUGUGAAGAAAACUACUUCUACAACCGUUCCUGGCCUGGUUGUCAAGAAUGUCCUGCGUGUUACAGAUUGGUGAAAGAUAAGGUUGAGGAGCAACGGGGGAGGCUGCGUGAUCUGGAGAAUCUUAUAGCUAACAUAGGAACAGGAGAUGACGUCAUCACUGACCAGGCUUUUGAAGAUAGGCUGAAAGAAGCUGAACGAGAAGUCAUGGACUUACUUCAAGAUGCCCAAAGUAUCAAAGAUGUCGACCAGGGUUUGAUGGAUCGUCUGCAGGAAAUUAACAGAACCCUUUCAAGUCAACUUGGUCGGUUGAGGAACAUCCAGAAUACAGUUAGUCAGACAGAAAACCUGGCUGAACAAGCCGAAGCUCAGGUGGAAAACACAGAAUGGCUGAUUGACAGAGCUUCAAAUGUGCUCCAUAAGGCCAGGAUGGCUAUUGCCAAUGUGUCUAUCACUCCGCCAGAAUCAACCAGGGACCCCAAUAACAUGACUAUCCUGGCAGAAGAAGCUCGGCAAUUGGCUGCACGACAUAAAGCAGAAGCAGAUAAUAUUGAGAAAAUAGCUAAGGAAGCAAACGAUACGUCAUCACAAGCAUAUAAGUUACUCUUGGACACACUAGCAGGAGAGAAUGAAACAACUAAUGACAUCGAUGAUCUAAAUCGAAAGUAUAACCAAGCAAAGAAUAUUGCCCGAGACCUAGAAAAACAAGCCAAUAAGGUUUCUGCGGAAGCAAAAGAAGCUGGGGAAAAAGCAUUACAGAUCUACGCAAAUCUCACCACUCUGCCAUCUAUAGACACUGCAGGCCUCGAGAAUGAGGCAAAGAACAUCAAGGAGGAAGCCCAGGAGUUAGAACUGCUCAUUAAAGACAAACUAAAGAAUUAUGAAGACCUGAGAGAAGAUAUGAGAGAGAAAGAAUUGGAAGUUCAGAAUCUUUUGGAGAAAGGCAAGACAGAGCAGCAGACUGCUGAUCAGCUUUUGGCUCGAGCAGAUGCCGCCAAAGCUUUGGCUGAAGAAGCUGCCAAGAAAGGAAGCAACACACUCCGGGAGGCCAAUGAGAUCCUGAACAAUUUGAAAGACUUCGAUAAACGUGUGAAUGAUAACAAGACUGCUGCUGAGGAAGCUCUCAGGAAAAUUCCUGCCAUUACCCAGACCAUUAUGGAUGCAAACAGUAAGACCCGCCAAGCAGAACUGACCCUAGGCAAUGCGGCUGCAGAUGCCAGAGAAGCCAAAAACAAAGCCGAUGAUGCCGAGAGAAUUGCUACGUCUGUAAAUAAUAAUGCUAGUGCCACAAAGGAGAUUGCAGACAACACCUUUAAGACGGUCACCGACUUGGACAAAGAAGUUGAUGACAUGCUAAAACAAUUGACAGAAGCAGAGAAAGAGUUAAACAAGAAGCAGCAAAGUGCCGAUCAAGAUAUGAUGAUGGCAGGAAUGGCUACACAAGCGGCUCAGGAAGCAGAAGAUAAUGCAAAGAAGGCGAAGAGUUCUGUAAACAAUUUGCUGAAUAUGAUCAACGAACUUCUUGAAAAAUUAGCACGAGUGGAAGCUGUGGACCAGAGUCAACUUAGCACCAUUGAAGAUACUUUAAAUGCUGCCAAAAAUCAGAUGAAGGAUAGCGAUCUAGACCGGAAAGUAUCUGAACUAGAGAAAGCAGCUGAAAAACAAGCUAGUGCCAUCAAUGAAUACAACAGGGACAUCAACACCAUUUUGAAAGACAUUAGCAAUCUAGAGGACAUCAAGAAAACCUUGCCAAGUGGCUGUUUCAAUACCCCAUCCAUUGAAAAACCCUAAGGGUGUGCCAAGGGCAGGGGGUGGGGGUGGGGGCAUUCCCUCAAUGACUGGUGAAACAGUUUUGGCUGUGGGGUGCCUUAAUUCCUAGAUGAUGUUCUUCAGGACCUUGGCCUCAUCUCCCCACACAGUUUGGUUGUUCAUUCUUUCCUACUUUGGGGGGUUGGGAUGGGGAAAUGCAAGUUUAUAUGAACUAAAAGCAAUUUAAUCACCAGCCUUGGGGGCCAUCAGAAAGUUAUCAAAGACAUACACUCUAUACGCUACUUUGCUCAAACACUACAUUCUUUUUUCUCAGAAAUUUUAAUUUACAGCACGAUGGACUUUGUACCGAGAACUGAAGUAAGGGAGGGCACAAACACAGGCUCUCUUCUCUUUUUUUUUCCAUUCCCUUUUUCCAUUCCUGUUAUCUCCUGCCCUCCUGCAAAUCGCUGUUGAUCUAUGAAGGAAAUGGUUUGGCUACCAAAGUAUUAAAUAGCAAUGGCCAGGAUAACCACCCAUUCCGAGAAGGUGCAGGUGGGUUUCAGAAUCUGCAUUCUCCCCAAAGAAGGGAGAAAGGGCUUAUUCUUAAAACUAGUAGCCACUCAACCCUCUUUGGUAGCCAGCUGCCAGCUUUUAACCUUUCUAGUGUGCAAUAUGUGUAUAUGUGUAUCUUGUUUCUGAGACAGUUCUCAGAAAUGCUUUUUAAAGAGUCAGGAGGAAGGAGUGGUAUAUUUAGUUUUUCAUGGUGCUAAAAGCUUGGCAUGCUAAAAUGUCUGUCCUGUUUAGAAGUUUUGCCCCUUUUUCACUUUGGGAAAGCUUUGUAGGUGGAAGGUGGUUUUCUCCAUAAGGAUAAAGUCAGGUGCUUCAGUUUUAAUUGGGGAAAAAAAAUUGUUCCUGUCCCUGAAUUAAGACGGACAGAUUUUUUUUCCUCUCUCUCUCUCUCUCUCUCUCUUAAAAAUGAAAAAGAGAUUUUAACAUUUUCUAUUUGCUUUUGGGGGAAGCAAUUUUAUUCAGAAAGAACUUUUACCUGCUAUGUUCCCCUCCGAAAUAUGAAGUUUGUUAUAACUUUUUAUCUGGUCAAAACAAACCCAGAGGAUUUUGGCAGCUCUUCUCUCAAGAGAUGAUUUUGCCAUGAAGAGUAUGUCUUUUGCCUGAAAGUACCGAAUCCCAAUAAAGUUUAGGCUCCUUCUUUUUUUCCCUUGGCAAAACGAGAAAAAUGACCCAGCCUCAUUCUAGGGACAAAUGUUUAGAAAUUGCAGUAUUGACCAGCUGAGUUACUUGCAACUCAGCGUGAAUGUCUGUCCUGUUUAGAAGUUUUGCCCCUUUUUCACUUUGGGAAAGCUUUGUAGGUGGAAGGUGGUUUUCCCCAUAACCUCUGAUACAUCAUCUUAAAACGAGAGGAAAUUGUGUCGGCCUCCAUUGUUUCCUCCUUAGUGUGGUUUGAUGCUUCCACCCACUCCAUCCCAUCCCCGCCUUCUCAGAACUGUGUGUACCAAGCCUUCAACACUAUGCAACUGUGUACGUUUGCGUAGAGGGGAAGAAAUGUUAUUAUCUGACACACACUGGUGCUAUUAAUUAUUUCAAAGUUAUAUUUUUGUGUGAACGGGGGGUGUUUUUUUGUGUGUCUUUGUUUCAAAUCAUGGCUAUUUGUGUGAGGACGUCUGUUUCUCUCCCCUCUUCCCCCGUGUAAAUAUAAUUGGUCUUGUUUCUAAAGAGGAACAGUUCCCUUCACUUCUUCAAUAAUUAACACCCUACUUACACCCUUCCUCUUGUGGUGGCAGUGAUGAAGCAUUUCCUGUCCAGACCUGCCCCAUUGCAUUCCCAUACUGGCCUUUAAUACCUUCUGUGAUACUAACUUCAGAUAUAUACAUAUAUAUAUUUGCCCUUUAUAUUCCCUGGAGGGCCAACUUCUUGCCCAUCUCUUCUAAAACCAGCACUGAUGCCCAAAGGAUUUGGGGCCCUACCAGUCAUGAAACGCUAAUUUGGGGCCCUUUUAGUGGAUACUUUGUCCGCUGAGAUACUACAUGGUGCAAAAUAGGAAGCAGAUCUGGAUUUGUCUCCCCUUUUUAUAGCGGGAGCAAAAUAUCACUUGAAUUCCAAAGCUUCUCUGGAUCGUCUUGUUGGUUUCUAUUAACGAUUUGAGUUGAUUCCUGUUGUUAUGGCUAUGAGCUUCUUGCUAGGCUUCUGUAGAAAAUAUAAUAUUGCUCGCCUUUUCACAGAUAAAUCUCCCCCCAAUGAAGACAGUCAUGUCAGGGAACAGGUUGAACUCUAGAUCCCUUCCUCCCAGGCACACAGAAGGAAAUAAAGAAUGCUUUAUAAGCACAUGAGCUCUUUGUAUAUUUCUCGAACUGGUAUCAGGUAUACACAGUCACACCACUAUAUUGAGGAUGGGAUUAUUGCUGUAGGCCCACUAGCAAAUCUUGAGCUCAGUUUUCAACAUGUACCUUUGUGUAGAAAAAUCAAAAUUUAUGUUUCCUUAGUGCCUUCAAUUCUAACAGUCAUCCAAGUUCUACUUGUAUACUCCUUUCAUUCAUACAUGAAGCAGUUAAUCGAAAAGUGACACCAGUGGUUUCCAUUUGACCAAGCCAUUUAUAUGGCUGCAUUCUAACAGUAUCACCUGCCAAAAAGAGAAAUAUAUAUAUAUAUAUAUGUAUAUAUAUAUCUUUAGUUAUUUGGGUUUUCUCCCGCGUAAAAUUGGAGGUGUCUUGGCGACGUUUCGACGAAGUCUCAUUCGUCAUCUUCAGGCUUCGUGCUUCUAGGAGCAAUUGCGGGAGAAAUUGCGGGAGAAAACCCAAAUAACUAAAGACCUACAUACUAACACCCGCGAAAACCUCAGAAAACAUAUAUAUAUUAAAGUAAGUAACAAAAUGGAAUUAAAAUUGUGUGAUUCUGGCCUUUUCUAGCAUUUCCCCCCCCUUUUUUUUUCCUGAAAAAAAACAAACUGGGUUUAAGUAACAGAUUUUGUUUUAUUUUUUAAAUAAAUGAGACUUUAUAUGGAAUCUCUUAAUUACAAAUACUGUGUUAAUAAUAGCCAUUAUCACAUUUGUAUAGGUCCAAGUUAUUACUUUGCAUAACAAAAUAAUGCAACAGCUACUCACAGAAACAUGCAAAUAGGUGCCACAGGAAACACCACCUGAAGAUUUCCCCUCAUUUAAAACACACACACACACACACACACAGCUGUGAGCACCUCUGUAUGUGCCUUCACUUCCCCCCCCUUUUUUUUUUUGCUUUCAACCUCUGGUCUUGCUGCUUAGGAGCAGUGAACAAAAACAACAAAGAUGCAACACUUGGCAGUUUUUGUAUAAAACAGUAUUUCUUAUUUAUAAUAAAGUCUGAAUAUUUGUAACCCCUCA